GGAGCCGGGAGGGAGGCAGGGAGGACGGCGGGGGCGCGGCCCGACUGGCUGGGUUCAGCCCGAGCGGUGACAAUAGAGAUGGGCGCUCUUGCUCACGCGGUGCCGCUGACGGGGCGCUCUGUCCACUCAUCUCUAUGGUCACGCCUCCUCCCGCGCUCUCGCGGCGCCUCCACUGGCCGGAACUGAGGCGGCGGGGUCUGUGUUUCCCUGCCCCGGGACGCCGCGGCGCCGGAAGCGCGGAUUCCGGAAGUCUCCGGCACAGGCUGGCUGGCAGGCUGCGGCGGCGGCGGCAGCUAGUAAGCAGGAGCCGGCAUGUCCCAGGCCACCAAGCGGAAGCACGUGGUGCAGGAGGUGCUGGGGGAACACAUGGUGCCCUCGGACCAGCAGCAGAUCGUGAGAGUGUUGGGGACCCCAGGCAACAACCUACACGAAGUGGAGACUGCCCAGGGCCAGCGCUUCCUGGUCAGCAUGCCCUCCAAGUACCGCAAGAACAUCUGGAUCAAAAGAGGUGACUUUCUCAUUGUGGAUCCCAUCGAGGAAGGGGAAAAGGUGAAGGCCGAGAUCUCUUUUGUGCUCUGCAAGGAUCACGUCCGUUCUCUGCAGAAGGAGGGACUCUGGCCUGAAGCCUUCUCUGAGGUAGCUGAGAAGCAAGGCAAUAGCAGGAACAGACCGCCUCAGCCAGAACUCCCAGGAGAAACCCAGUCUUCAGAAGAGGACAGCUCAGAAGACGAUUCAGACCUCUUUGUCAACACCAAUAGGGUACAGUACCAGGAGAGUGAAGAGGAGAGUGAAGAAGAGGCCUGAGGCGCCAGCUUCACUUCUGGCUACCCUGACCCCGCCUCCAUGGACAUAAUUGGGACUGCUCUGUGGAUCUACCCCCUGGAGGGGGAUGAGGCAGGGCUCCCAUCUGAACUCCUACUCUUCUCUGUAAGAGAUUAAACCCCUGGUGGGUUGAGAGA